UAUAAUAUUUUUGUUUUUAAUAAUGAAAACAGCUGCUAUCUUAGCAUUUGCCGCUGCCUCAUUGGCUUUGGUGUUCCUCACUGCUUCCCCAACAAGCCCAAAUGAUGUUGCUUUCCAAUCAUUCAUUGGUGAACACGGAAGAAACUUCGCCUCUACCGAAGAGUACAACUUCAGAAAGGGAAUCUUCGAGCAAUCUCUCAAGAAGGUAGAAGAACAUAAUGCCAAGGGACUCUCAUGGACAUACGCUCUCAAUGAGUUUUCUGACUGGACUGAUGAAGAGUACCAAAGACUUUUGGGACUUAGGGGAAUGAGAAACAGCAACUCUCACUUGCCAACUAUUCAACUCCCAAAGAACGACCAGCCUAAGGCUAUCGACUGGAGAGAAGUUGAUGGAUAUGUAGGACCAGUCCUCAACCAAGGAAAAUGUGGAUCAUGCUGGGCCUUCUCUGCUGCUCAGACUUUAGCCGGAUCUUACUUCAAGGCCUACGGAGAGGUUGUUGAUGUCUCAAGAAGCCACGCCGUCGAUUGUGAUUUCUUCUCCCACGGAUGUAAUGGAGGACUUCAGGAAAAUGCUUUCGCUCACUGGAUGAAGCACCCAUUCAUUCUUGAAGAAGAUUACCCAUAUGAGCCAAAAGAUAGAAAAUGCCAGGAAGAGACUAUCCCAUCCAACAACAGACUCCUCAAAUCUGCUUUCAGAGUUGAUGUCGGAGAUGCCCUUUUGUAUGACGCUCUUGUUCAUAUGCCAGUUUCUAUCUCAAUCAGAGCUGAGAAUGAUGACUUCAGACACUAUGGAGGUGGUGUUAUUGACGGAGAUGGCUGCGGAUACGAAAUCGAUCAUGCUGUCCUCCUUGUCGGAUUUGAAGAAGAGACAACCUCAUGGAUUGUCAAGAACUCUUGGGGACCAGACUGGGGAGAGCAUGGAUACGUCAGAAUUGCCAAGAAUAGUGACAGACAUGGUGUCUGUGGUAUCAAUCAACAGAACUCUAUCCCAGUCUUUGAAGACGAUUGGAAGCCAUUUAAUGAAUAAUUACUGAGAUCCUGUGAUA